AUGUUCUUGUGGCUUCUCUCGAUCUAUUUCGGAAUCCUCUUGGGGAUAUUUCUAGCCACAGUAUUCCUCAUCGUUUUUGGGCAAAAUUGGGGUCGAUUGCCGAGACUUUACUUGAAAAUCGUCAAAUCUAUUCAAAGCCAUUUCCCCGAUGUCUAUCCAAAAGACGUGACUGCUUGGCCAUCAAUCAUUGACAAGAGUCCGCAGUACACUUUGACUCGUCACAAAGAGUCUUCGAAAGCCAGUUUCCAAUUUCUGAAUGAAGCGGAGAGUCCAUUUGAGCUGUGCCAAGAUGCGCUCGUUUCUGGGAUUGAGUCCAUCAUCCAGGAUGGAGUCUUGCAAGCCUAUGAUCCUUGUCCGUCGUACUCGGAAAGUCUUCUCCAUUUCACUCCACUCAACACAUGGAAUCAAACACAGAAACUCGUCUUCUAUGCAACGCUUGGCUUCAGAUUCUUGAUCCUUUUCCCUAUUCGGUUGGCCCUCUUCAUGACUUCUCUUGCUUGGGUUCUCAUGGCGGUUGCUGUUUCUUUUGUGAGAGAGUAUUCUGAUGUUGAGCGAACUUCAAUCGGUAUCAUCUACUGCCGCUUGUACAACGCCUCAAUGGGUCUCGUCGCAAAGUACCAUCAGGAAGAGAAUCGACCACAAAAGCCCGGCAUUGCAAUCUCCAAUCACAUGUCUCCAAACGAUGCUCAAGCUUUGUUUGCUGGAGUUGAACAUGGCGCCACUUUUGGAUACGUGGUGACAGGACAAAGACAUACUGGACUCAUUGGAUUCAUUCAGAGAAUGGCUGAACGAGUCUCUCCUUGCAUGUGGUUGGAAAGGAAAAGUGGUGAUGAACGAAAGAAUUUCCAAGAAGAUGCCAUCAAGAUUGCAAAGCAAUCUGGACCGGUAUUGUUGUUCCCGGAAGGCUACUGCUCGAAUAACACAAUGAUCUUCCAAUUUCGGAAAGCUCUCUUCCAGGAUGAUGUCAAUAUCUAUCCAAUUGCUUUCAAACAAGAUGGUCGAUAUGGAGACGGAUUCUGGAUUGAGGAUGAGUUCUACAUCCAUCUCGUGAGAUUGAUGAGCAGCUGGGCCUUGGUCUACGAUGUCACCUAUUUGCCGAAAAUGAGCAAAAGGGUGAGUGAGAGUGCUGCUGAAUUCGCCGGAAGAUGUCAAUCGGCCAUUGGAGAAACAGCCGGUAUUCCAGUGAGUGGAUUCGAUGGAGGAUUGAAAUACAAACAGGAAGAGCAACAAAAGUUGAGAGUGUUGCAAGAAAAGAUCUGCGCCGAGAAACUGGUUGAACUGUUCUUUGACGGAGAAUCGUCGAUGGAUGGAUCGAUCUCAGAACACUCAUCAGAGUUUGCCUCCAGUGGAUAUGGAUCGUUCAAUGAGAGUGGAAAAUCCUUCACUGAGUCUCUCAUCGAGCCUAUUGAAGAUACUCUAUCUCCAUCGAUCGCCUAUCUCCGAGCUCGAAAAUGUAGUCAAGAAGUCGAAAGUUUCUUUGAUAUUCAACAAAAACAAGAGCAAAUUGUACAA